AUGAUUGGGGAAGCGUUGAAGCAACUGAAAGGGUCCGUCAACUACACCCUCGGGCAUGUCACGUUUGAUUCCGCUUUGGUGCUGAACGACCGUCCGGUCGAGCUCGUCACUGUUCUCAAUCCUCCGCCACCCACGCCGUAUCUGGAUUCGGAAUGGUACGAGUUCUCGAUCUCUUCGCUUAGUGAAGGCGGUGACACUUGGGUCAGACAUGCCAUGGGCGAGUGCAAAGCUGGCUCUGAUUCAGGCCACCAGGCCACAGAAGUUGUGAAGCUUCCCCGCAAGGUCUCCUUGGACUCCUUCUACAGUACCUGGAAGAGGUUUGGACUGGAAUACGGUGCCAGGUUCCGCAACCUUGCCGAUGCUAGCUCCCAUGUUACCGAACCGACAGCCAUUGCAUCUCUGCAAACGGAAUUAUCAGACUACGAAAUGGCAUCCUACGCCAUUCAUCCCACAGCUCUUGAUUCGAGCAUGCAUUUUGCGAUGGUCGCAUCAUGUCGUGGUCUUAGCAAAAACUUCAAGCAGAUGGCGAUUCCUACAUACAUCGAGGAAUUGUAUGUUAGCAGACCAUCAGGAAAGAUACACCUCGAAGCGACAGCGACUGAGAACUCGUUGAUGAAAUUAUCAAGCUACAUCACUGGAGUAUCUGAUGGUGAAACUGUCAUUGACAUCAGAGGUCUUGAGGUGGAGCCUGUUGCUGGUAGCUCUGCCAUCCAGGCCGAGGAUCCCCAUGCCGGCGCUAUUGUGGAAUGGAAACCCGACAUUGACUUCCUAGACCCUUCUGUUAUUUUUCGUCACCAAGACCUUGGUUCUUGCACCAGAAGCCUGGAGAAGCUGGUGCUGGCAUGUAUUGUGGAGUCUAGAGCGCAAUUGCAGUUCCUCCCGGCAACGCAACCACAUUUCGUCGACUUCAAGAGCUGGCUGGAUGCAACAUACCGACAGGCUGUGGCUGGAGAACACCAAGAUCUUGCCAGUGCAUUUGAUAUCGCACACACCUCUCCUCAGUUGAGACAGGCGCUCAUCGCAGACAUGCUAGAAGCUUGCAAGGGCACACCCACGGAAAGCCUUGCGCUGGCCGUCCAUCGUGUGUACACGAAUGCUGCAGCGUGCUUCACUGGCAGGCCAGACGCUAUCAAGGCCAUAGAUUCUGCCAUAUCAAUGGCUCAAAAUGCGGAAACUCCUAGCGACAUCGAUCUCACAUCUUUCCUUCAACUUUUGGGUCACAAGAGGCCGAACAUGAAUGUUCUGCACAUCGGUGGUUCCGACGACACUGCCGCUACCAUCAACAAGAUAUUGUCAGCUCUUUCAUCUGAUAGCUUUGGCGACCGUCUCUACGGAAACUACGUCUAUGCCUGCACAUCGUCAGAACCUUCUACUCCGGUGCAGGACUGUUUCCGAAAUUUCCCCGCUGCCAAGUACAGGACUCAGAAACGAGUCGUUUGA